AUGAUGUUGAAAACACGCGAAAUAGUGCUAUUAGUAUUCAUGCUAUCACCAGCAGCUCCAGCUAGCGCUGCUGACUCCACCCUAACCGAAUUAUCUCAAGUACAAGAUAUAGUUUCCAACUGCACCGACAUCGUAGUCCAAGAUCUCACGGUCCCUGGCGGAGAGUCACUGGAACUAGACCUGCAGACCGGCGACCAGCUCAAGGUCGAAGGUUUGGCUGGUCACGUGAUCGACGGCCGAGGUAAAUUUUAUUUUGACGGCCAAGGUGGUGGUAGCCUUUCGGCGAAGCCCGAGUUCCUCUCCAUUGCCGAGGUACAAAACUCCACCUUCAGCAGAAUCAACAUUCUCGACUGCCCCAUCAGUUGCGUAUCCGUUGUUAGCUCUAACGAUGUGGUGCUGGACGAAUUCACCGUCGACGCGUCUGCAGUAAGCGAGAACCAGGGCGAUUGCGUCGUUGUUAAUCAGGGAGGAAAUUACACCUUACAGGAGUUGGUCUGUGAGGCUGGUGAAGGUUUAAGCUUCUUGUUUGGAUUCGGGAACAUUUCGAUCAGUCAGAAUAACACGGGUGGAAACGUAACUGUCGAGAAUUCCGCGAUCUUAAACUCGAAAAGUGGGCUUCGUAUCAAGAACAUCCCAGGCAUACAGGGCUCCAUCACUAACAUUGUUUACUCCAACAUAACCCUCCAAGGUAUAACCAAUUUUGGCAUCAACAUCGAACGGAACAAUGCGGAUAACGGCGUGGAACCCGCAGAUAAUAUCCCGAUCAAAAAACUUAAAAGAAACUCUGUGACAAGUAUUAUGGCUGGAACAAGUUCGAUAAUGGAUGUGAAUGUCAAAUGCUCCUCUGGAUGCACGAUUACGUGGAACUGGGAUGGUGGUGUAGGCAAUCAUUGA